AUGGCGCAGUCCAUUUUAAAGUCGUUUAUUGGCAAAAUCCAGAUAAAUGGCGGCACCGAUAUUAUGGUAUUGGCUGAUUCUUUUUCGUCGCAGCUGAUGAGAAAUUACAGUAACCAUCGCUUGCAUUUUUCUCCAACUUUGGUUGUUUGGCCGAGAAGCAAUCACGGCAUUGGCAUGGUUCACAGAAUCAGAGGGGGUUUGUCCAAGUACAGUAAUGAUUCUACUAGUAUCAUCAGUAAUGGCAAUAACAGUGUUAGUGUCAGUGGUGAGCCUGAUAAUGUUAAAGGGCGGUGCAGUGGUCGAGAAUUUCUGGGUAUGACCGACGAACAACUGAUGAGACAAUGCAAGAUGGAUACUCUGAAGUCAUCUGGCCCUGGCGGGCAGCACCGCAACAAGCGAGAAUCUGCUGUCCGUCUCAAGCAUCUCCCACUGGCAUUAUCGCCCAGGUAA